AUGAAGCAAACUUUAUUCGUUCAGCUUGCAAUCUCCUUCCUGAGGUUGGUCUCAGUGAAGUGCCCUCCGCCAGCGGGCAAGGCCAGUACCACACAAUCGCCCGGCACAGACCUUUCCGAUGGUAGAAAUAGUGUGAUGCAAACGAUGGGAGCGGCCCAACCAAGUAACUGUCAAGGACAAAAGAUGACCUGGACUAAAUCCAACCCCGGUAGUAGUUGGGGCAAGUUACAGCUCGCUCAAAACCUCAAUCUGUACCAGAACGUCUGGCGACAAAACAUAGUCACAGAGUCGGGGAAGAGCGAAAUCACCUGUAACACCUUCAAUGGAGGAAUAUUGUCAUGGGACACCAAGUUCUCCAUGCCUUGCAAAACUGAACACAACAACAUGGUCAAAACAUACACCAAUGUAGCUUGGGCUGGCCAAGAAACGAUUCAAGUCAAGAAUUUGAAGGCAUUUAAAUCCGCUUGGAAAUGGAAGCUGAUGGACCCAUCACCAGACCUCGUCGCGGAUGUUUCGUAUGAUAUAUUUUUCUCGAAGGAUCCAAACUGCCGCACUCAAGAUUGUGCCUCGAGGGAAGCUAUGGUCUGGUUAGGGGCGAUUGGUGGGGCGAUGCCUGCCGAUGAUAGCCCAGCAAAUGGUAAUCCAAAACCUAUCAUCACAGUCGGUAGAAAAUACGAAUUCCAAGUCUUCCAAGGCACGGUCGUCGUACCCGUUAUUUCUAUCAUCCCAGCUGAGAAGGGCCGUAGUUUUACGUCGUUCGAGGCAGACUUCAAGGGUAUCCUAAGUCAACUCACUGCCUUCGGGCUCAGUCCAGAUGAGUAUAUUGUGAGCGUCGGUGCCGGAAUCGAAAUCUUCAAGGGAUCAGGCACCUUGCAAACUAGGAAGUACUCGCUCGAACUCUACUAA